UUUGCCGAUUGUCACUCUCGUGUACUUGAAGCAGCAAAAAUUCAGAACGCAGUCAACCCCCACAUAUGAUUUAUGGUUCACUGAAGCCAUUGAGAGAGGCGGUGGAGCCGUUGAAGCGUAGUUAGUGAGUUAUUGUGCUUUCGAGUAAGCAGCAUGCCCGUAAGAGCGGAGAAAGAGCACCUUAACCUAAUCCUAGGUUCUCACCUCACCACCAUCCAUGACACCCUCCAUGUUUUGGAUCAAACUGCAUCUUCUUCUUUGGAUAAAGUGAGCUGGGAAGAUGUCAUUAAGAUGGGUGACCAAGUCUCAAAACAGGCAACCACAGUUGGAAUGCUUUGGACUGGAGAAAAGCCAGAGUCCAAAGCAAUUGAAGAAAAUAUGGCUUCAUACUUCAACACUCUACAAGGUUUCCUUUUGCUUUCCCAUGGCAGUACAGUAGGUGCGGGGCCUACUCUGUCUUCCAGUGUUCAUGCCUCAGUUAAACAAGUUGUUGAUUCCAGUUUCAGGUUGAUGAAGGAAACUGUCUCUUUAUAUGAAGGAUCCCAUAGUAAAGACCAUAAUUUAUCAAUUCCACAAUUGGUUGGUGCUGUAUGGGAAGCAUGCUCUGCCCUUAAAAAGACUCCUGCAACAAAUAUUACAGCGAUUGGGCGAGGAAUGACACAGGUUGCGGUUUCAGUAAAGGACGUUCUUCGUGAGAUGAAAGAAUUGAAGCCAGGUUCAUCUGAUGAUCCUGCUGACAAAGCUGUAGGUGAGAGUUGUGUAGAAACAGAGUCUGAGCCACGUGAUGAUAAUUCAAAUGAAGAUGGUCUGGGGAAUGACCUGUCACCUGAAGAGAUGAAAGUGGCGGAAAGAGCAGUUGUGGUCGUGUCUAAUACGCUUUCAGUCAUAAAAGAACUCAUUCGCUCCAUCACAGGCUUGCUUAAGCUGGAAAAACCAAAUGACAACAGCAGUUUUGUAAAUUCGCUGGAGAAAUUGUUGCAGCUGUGUCAGGAGAUUGGUCAACAGAUUGAUGAGAUUGGAGCCUGCCUCUACCCCCCACAAGAGAUUCCUACCAUAAAGGCAUCUUUGGAUAAAAUCCAUAGCAUUAUUGAUGUUGUGCAGGAAGAGGUAGGAGGACUUCAAGGUGCAUCAGAUGUAUUUCUGGAGGCAUGCAAUGCUUUGAGGAGUUCACUAAGACAGCUUGCUUCUGAACUAAGUACAUCUAGUACUGCUGAUAUAGAAGCCAAAGUGGAAAAUAUUACAUUAGCCAAUAAGUAGACUCUUAUGUGUGUAUUUUUUUUUAUGUGCAAUGAAGUUGACUCUGUAGAAUUUACUGGUCAACGCUGGAUUUGGACUUUUAGUUACCAUAGGAUGCCAUUAUCAACGAGAUUUCUGCUUAUUACUAUCUCCGAUAGUAAACCAG